AGGCGCCUGCGUGUGGCGUCAUCGCCAUGCGACGGCGCUAGCGGAGGACCCCGCACGUGUCUCCUGGGCGACUGCAGCAUGCGGCGCCCCAACAUCUUGCUGACCGGUACUCCCGGUGUUGGCAAAAGCACCCUCGGCAAAGAGCUUGCAUCGAGGACGGGGCUGACCUACAUCAGCGUGGGUGACCUGGCAAAAGAAGAAGAACUGUAUGAAGGUUUCGACGAGGAAUAUGAAUGCCCAAUUUUGGAUGAAGACAGAGUAAUUGAUGAACUAGAAGGCAAAAUGUGUGAGGGUGGAGUUAUUGUUGAUUACCACGGCUGUGAUUUUUUCCCUGAACACUGGUUUCAUAUAGUAUUUGUACUUCGUGCAGACAACUCACUUCUAUACGACAGGCUUGAAAGCAGGGGCUACAAAGGGAAAAAGCUACAAGACAAUAUUCAGUGUGAAAUUUUUCAGACUCUUUAUGAGGAAGCUGUGUUGUCAUACAGAAAGGAAAUUGUACACCAGUUACCCAGCAACACUCCUGAAGACCUAGAGAGAAAUUUGGAUCAGAUUGUGCAAUGGGUUGAGCAAUGGACAAAAGACAACAAUUGACAACUGGUGAAAAAGCAACUGUUCUGGUUUUGAUUGGGAUAGACUUAAUUGUCUUCUUUUCAGCUUCCCAUGCUGCCCUGCCACCACAGAUUGUGAAUUAUAGAAUGGCAUGGUGUGGAAGGGACUUAGUACAGCAUACUUAGUACAGACCUAGUACAGUGCUGUUCAGUAACCAGCUACCUUUUGGGUCCCUCCGUCUCAGCCAUCACCAUGGUCUCUCUUUUGACCAGUGUUCUCAUCAGCACUUCAGGAUUCUCAGGAUAAAAUAUUUCCUGAUUCAUUUUUAACUCUGUAAUCUGGUAGGGGGUUCCAGACCUAGCUUCUGUUUAUCAGCUGAUUCAGCUGGACUCAAAAAUUCUGGUUUGCUUUCUGAGACUAAGUCACGAUCUAUCUCUUGUUCUUUUUUUUCUAAUUUAGACUGCAAAACUUCUUCCUGAUCUAAUUUGUUUGCCAGUGCCAUAUGAAGUUACUAACUGAUAUUACAUUCAGCAGUUAACAGGCUCUAUACGCUUUUCAUUUAUUCCUGCAAGGAUUUAAUCAUUUCAUCACUAGUUUAUCUAAUAAAAUGUGUCUCUGGGCUGUCACCCAGUGCUCCUCCCAACAAAGUAUGCACUGACUUUUCCUUUCUCUGGCUGCAACUUUUGAUCUUUUGCAAGUGUUGUGAUUCUUUCUUCUAUAGCUUUGGGAUUGUGCCAGUUGUUCUGAGCUCAAACCAUUGCCAGUGUGGAAGGGCAAACACUGUACCUUUUCAGCUUUUCAGUUAUGGGAGAAGUCAGACACCAGUGUUUCCUGGGCAACUGUGGCUUGCCACUGCUCAUACCUCUCCCAUUGUAUAGCCUUCCUGGCAUAUAGCAGAGAGAUUUCUUCACAAGACUUUCCAUCCACAGUAUCAGGUAGAAUAUCAGUAUCUCUCAUACCUCUUCCAGCUUAGAGCUUUGCUGGCAUAGUUAGCAGGAUUCCCUUAUUUUGGAAGGUCUGAAGGCUGUCUCUCAGCUACAUGCCAGCCUGCCAUGGGCAGGGUUGCCACCCAGCAGAUCAGGCUGCCUAGGGCCCCAUCCUUCCUGAUCUUGAACACUGCCAGGGAUGGAGGAUCCACCACUUCUCUGAGCACCCUGUGCCAGGGAUUCACCACCUUCUGGGUGAAGAAUUGCUUCCUAACAUGUAAUCUAAAUUUUUCCUCUUUUAGUUUAAAGUCAUUCCUUUUGUCCUAUUACUAUUAAAUCAUGUAAAAACCAAUCCCCCUCCUGCUUUUGUAAAGCAUCUUUCAAGUA